AUGGACGCGGCAGAGACGCACCUGGCCAAGCUGCGCGCGAUCCAGGAGUACCUGCAGGGCCUGUCGUCAGACGAGGAUGACGACCUGGUGCUCAUCGUGGAUGGCUACGAUAUCAUCCUGCAGCUGCCGGUCGAGGUCAUGAUCGAGCGGUACUUUACCAUCCGGCAAGACUCAGACGCGCACCUGGCGGAGCGCUUCAAACUGUCGGUGGAGGAGCUACACGCGCAGGGCAUCCGCAACACCAUAUUCUGGGGGCCAGACAAGAUCUGCUGGCCGAUCGACUGGGCGGCGCCGCGGUGCUGGGCGGUGCCGGCGUCGCACAUGCCGGACCACACGUUCGGGCCGAACCAGGGCGACGGCGGGAUGGCGACCAACGACCCCAAGUGGCUUAACUCGGGCACGGUGAUCGGGCCGGUCGGGGACAUGCGGCGGUACAUCAACGUGACCAUGGCGGAAAUUGCGCGGACGUACGACGCCAAUUUUGAGAACAGCGAGUCGGACCAGUUCUACCUUGCCAACGUCUGGGGCCGGCAGGAGUACCGCCGGUCGAAGCAGGCGCUGGCGCUGCGUGAGGCGGCCGGCGACGACAACGAGACGGUGACCAAGAUGACGGAGUGGCUGGCGCCGAGCGACGAGCACCGGCCGCCGGAGCCCGUGGUGGUGGAGGGCGAGGAGACCGAGUUCCACGUGUCAAUAGAGUACGAGUCGGCGCUGUUCCAGACAAAGGCGGGCUACGAGACGUACUUUGGCUACCUCAAGUUUGACCAGCCCGGAUACACGGCACGGAUGGACGUGGACAUGUACGACGAGGGCGUGUCGUUUGUGCCCUACUCCAUCUCGAUGCCGGCCGCGGUGUACGCGGCCCUGACUAGGGUGUACGAGGCGGGCGUCAAGUCAUCGUCGUCAUCGUCGGCGAGCCGAUCUCUUCCAGCUGAGGAGAAAGGCAAUCUGACCGGGAAGAGGGGAAACGACGACGAUGGCCCCCCUCCUGUCAGUCAAGCCACAACCCCCAGCCGCAGCCGACUACCCGCGAGCGAGUGGAUCCGGUCCGUGAACCUGGGCGUAAACUACGUGACGCGUCACGUCUACGGCCUCUGGCACUGCACGGGUGACAAGGAACCCAUCGACGGCGAGUACAGGGCGCUCUGGUUCUUCCCCUUUGUCGCCAGCCUGCUGCGCGCCAACGCGCUGGCCUCGCGCGCCGGCGACGAGCUGACCGCCGUCGAGAUGGACGGCCGCGCCUGGCUGCCGCGUCUGCAGUACCCGGUCGAGAUCAAGAAGAAGAAGGGGUCGCAGUCGUCCAUUCCGGGUCUGGAGUAUGGCGGUGCGUUUACCGACUUCCCUGGCGAGGAGUUUUUGUCGUUUGGCCAGCUGUGUGGUGAGUGGCAGGAGGAGCUGUUUGCAGGCGAGAUUGGCAUCCAGCUAACAGGGGUCGACCACGACGACUGA